UAGAUAUGAACGUUUUUCAGAGACACUGAUCCUGGUUACCUGUGUACCAUGGAUUGAAGGCAAUAGAGAAACAUAUACGCCAUUUAAUUGAUAGAAACUAACAGAGUAUGAUGUGGGCUUCAAACGAGAGGUGCAUCAUUUUUAUCUUCAGCUUUGGGGGCAACAACUUCAACUACCUUUUUCUUCUCUUCCUUGACUACCUCCUUGGCCUCAACCUUCUCUUCUAUUGGCUUGGAAUCCACCUCACUCGUCUCCGUAGGCUUGCUGUCAUCGUAUACAACAAGCAGCAGUCAGCAGUCAGUCUCGGGGGGGAGGGGGGGGGGGGUGUUUCUUCCACCUUGGCAGCCUCCGGAAUUGGGAAUGGGGUUGAUGAGGAAGUUGCAAAGAAAGAGACGUCUGUGAAGACUACGAAACCUCGUGUAUGAAGCUCUGCAGUGAAAAUGCUUAUUUGUUGUCUGGUUUGGAGUGUGUAAUGAAUUUUCCUUAGAGAUAAGGAGGUUCCAUUUUCCACCUAUAUAGCAUAUUUGUGUAGUUUACAGUUGUAUUUCUGUAGCUUGAUGCACAUGUAUCAAGGCAGAUUGUCUAUUUGUUUUUGACAUGACUCACGCACUG